AUGGAAGGCAUCAACGCAGACACCGACCUCUCCACGCUCACCGACGCCCAACGUCUCGAACUCGCCUCUCGUCUGCAGGAUGAGUCCAACUCUCACCAGCCGCUCAUCUCCGCCGUCGAACCCAUCGAGGUGCUCGAGAAGGAGUAUGCGUCCAAUCCCGCCUUCCUCGGCAAGAUUAGGUGGCUGAAGGAGGAAGCAGGGUUCAUCGGUCUGCGACGUGCCAAGGGAGAUGGAGAUUGCUUCUAUCGCGCCUUCGCGUUCGCCUUCAUCUACAAGAUCAUGACCAUGAAGGAUCGACCCAUGCACCACUUCACCGUCAAGCACGUGGAAUCCACGCUGCAGCUGCUCAAACAGGCAGGGUUCGACGAAGACGUGGUGACCGACUUCUACGAGCCCCUCAAAAACUUGCUCGCCCGCAUGUACUCGACCGAUCCCGAAUCCAAAGAGCUCAACGAACACGCCCUCGUCGAGACCAUGAACAAUCCGGAACACUCCAACUCCAUCGUCGUCUACCUGCGUCUCCUCACCUCGGCCUUCCUCAAACUCAACGCCGACGAAUACACCCCUUUCCUCUUCUCGCUCGACAACGUGGAUGAUGCCUCACCACCGGAUAUGGCUAGCUUCUGCGCCAACCACGUGGAAGCCAUUGGUAAGGAGGCGGAUCACGUUCAGAUCACCGCCCUCUCGCGCGCGCUCAAGGUCAGCUUGGACGUCGCCUACCUCUCCCCGCAACACGCUCCUCCCGAGACACCCAUCGAUGAAGAAUUCCCCCCUGAAGUCGAUACCCUUCACACUUCCACCGAAAACGCAGAAGAGGGCUCUUCGUCAGCAUCAAUAGCCGUUCCUGGGAAGGAUGCGCAGGACAGGAGAUCGGCGGCGGAACAUCCGGAUCGCUGCGACGUCGUCAGGUUCGAAGUCGAAGGCGGUCAGAUCACUGAGAUCGGCACAAUGCUGCUCAGGCCGGGACAUUACGAUCUGCUCGUAGAGGCGCCCGUCCCCGCUUCGCCGGAACCAGAGAUCCCCGCCAUCCUCUCAACUUGA